AUGCCACAACACGCCUCAAGACAGCGGCGUUCAAAGAUACAAGACAGAGGCGUCCCGCAGACUGUUUCUCAACUCACCGCUGGGCUCACAUCAACCUCCUUCUUCACGCCAGUCCCACCCUCACCAGACCCACCAACCAGCAGUGCAACUCUGCCCAAUCCGCGUUCUUCAAAUGGAAACAUUCAAACUGCACCUUCACCAAACCCAAAUUCCUCACCCCCAACACCAACAGCUCCGGAAGUUCUUCCAGCUUCCCCAUCCCUGUCACCUGCGAGUCCCUCAGUGACUAAUGCACCAGCUACCCAUGUACCCUCUUCCGUCACUUCCACCUUGCCACAGGCCAGCCAGAGCUCUGAGCCACCUCUUCACGUGCCGGCGGCUAACGAUAACAUGGUUCUGGCGGGGAGCGCGCUUCCUCAAAAUCCUCCAAUCAGCUCUUCCCCACAAUUGUCUGCGUCACAUGAAGUGCAUAACAGUCGCAAACCAGGCCCGACCUUGUCCACGAAAACCAUGGCGAACGAUUCGAGCUCUCCAAACUACAUCGAAGCACUUGUGGUGGUAGGAGUGAUCAUAACGGUUCUGAUGGGUGGAAUCUUUUACUAUUACUUCAAAGUCCAUAGGAAGAAGACCAAAGCUGAUCACGAGUCACGAUCCUAUGGGACGGAUGAUUCGAGCUUCAACGACGUCAAGAUUCGCUCGGAAUCGAUCAGCAGCUCUUCUCAUCGAAUCGACAAGAAAACAAUCGUCAAAGUCAAGAGCAACACGCAAAGCAUCAUGAGCUUUGGACCAGGCCCUGAUCCUCAAUUCACGCGUCCUCCAUUGAGCACCGUCCAGAGUUUGUCCGAUGUGCAUCACAACUAUCUUCCACGCUUGGAAAAAAAUCAGCUCUCGGAAAAACAUGUGUAUGAAUAUGAUUCAAGCAAGCAACUUGACGCCCAAUCAAAGAAUGGAUCUCAGACAACUCUCUACAGUGUGGGCGACGAGGUUUCGCAUAUCCCGAUCAGUUACAAAGCAUCAAAGAAACCUGCGGCCGCACCAUCCACUCUGACUUCGGAGGCCAUCAUGAAGCCUUACCCUCAUCUGAUGGUAUCCAAAAAGGCCAGCCCCAAACGAUACAAUCGGAUCUCCAAGGCCGCGCGCAAACUCGUCCCCGCACGAUUGGUCACUGGCGUCGGGAUCGGCAGAAGUAAAGACCUCGUCCCGCCAUUGCCCUCGCCCCACGAUAAGUAUCAGUCUUCAUUCAUCCCGAAACCUUUCAAGUCUAAAGCUUCUACACAUAAUCUACAUUCUGUUUAUCGGCCAGAUGAUAAUUAUCCUACUAAUUUUAGCUACUAUCAGAGUUAA